AUGGAUUCGCACUACCACAGGUAUGAAGACAACCGCACCCUCAGCCCUGCGGGGCUGCAGAUGGUUGAGCAGCAGCGACAGCAGCAGCAGCAGCAAGAGCAGCAGCAGCAGCAGCAGCAGCAGCAGCAGCCUGAAGUGUACCCCUUUUGCGUGGCUUAUUCGCCAGAGGCCCCUGCGCGUUCUUGGGGCCGGUUUGGGGAGGGCGGAGCAGCAGCAGCAGCAGCAGCAGCAGCAGCAGCAGCAUCGCUGCAGCAGCAGCUGAAGGAGAGCUCGCUGGGCCGGCUGCUGCUGCUGCUUGCGGUCUUUGGUUUCGCGCUGCUGCUGCUGCUGCAUGCGCAGCAGCAGCAGCAGCAGCCGCAGACCCUCGCAGCUAAUUUGAGCGCAGCAGCAGCAGCAGAUUCUGUCUGCAGCAAAGAUUACCGGGACAAGACUUUGAAGCUCUCGCAAGAAGCUGCAGUCUCUUCUUUUCUUUUGUCUCCUUCUCCUCAGUUCGAAGCCAGCGACAUUAUUGUCUCCAAAGAAAAGGCCCUUUACUUCGUUUGCGACUCUUCUUUUUCUCUGAUGGAAGCCGCUUUUCCCCUUUCUCCUUCUUCCCCCAAAAACAGACUCAUCGGCGACCCAGAGAGGAACGGGAGUAACGAAUCCGAUUGGGAGGCUUUGUGGCGUGACGAAGAACAAGGCAUCUUUUAUAUCGUUAGAGAAGCAGUAACACACAACCCCCAACAAGAGGAUGCAGAAACAGCCCCAGAAACAGAGGAGCAGCAGCAGCAGCAGCAGCAACAGCAGCAGCAGCAGCAGCAGGGCAGCAGCAAACCCUUCCAUGCGCACAUAGAAGAAAUAACGCUAAACGGAGACUCAUACGAUCUCAAAACAUCUUGCAAAACUGAGUUCUCCUUCUCCGCCGGCAACAAAGGAUUCGAGGGCCUCAUAGGGUUUCACGGCCCUAACGACGAAGUCUAUCUCCUUGGUUUAUGCGAGGGCAAUUUCUGCGAAGGAGGAAAACGAGGAAAGAAAAGAGGUAAUGGCCGAAUGGUUUUGAUGCGAAAAGAGACCGACGGAAAACACUGCAUUUGGAAAACUGUCAAGGUGUUGUCUCUGCCUGAAGAAAUAAACUUCACGGAUUAUUCUUCAGUGACAAUAAGAGGCACAAAAAUAAUAAUUGCUUCUCAAGAAGACUCGCGAGUGUGGCUGGGGAGAGUCAAAACAACAGCAGAUGCAGCAGCAGCAGCGGCAGCAGAAAAAGAAGAAAUAAAAGAAAAAAAUGACAAAAACGAAGACAAGCCUUCCAUGCAUGCAUACGGAACCACAAGACUUGAAGACCCCCAGGCCCUCGAAGUGCUGCCGGGAGGCCAUGUGCUGCAUUUCCCCCGCGGGGAAAACUGCGAAAUAAUUUACUGCAACAUCGAGGGCGUGGCUUUUGUGUCAGACACAAUUAUUGCUGCUGAGGGGCCCCCGCAAAAGGGGUCUCUAAAUGGGGCUUUGGGGCCCCACCUCUACAAAGACCUGCAGGGGGCCCCUCCCACAGCCGCGGGGGGCCCCUUAGGGCCUCGUGGGGGGCCCCUAGUUAGAAGCAUCAUGGAAGCCCCCACGGGGGCCCCUAUAGAGUGA